CAGAUAUACCUUCAGCUAUGUUCUAAGGCAAAUUCCCAAACAAGAUGGCGGACUAUGGUUACCGUCGAAAGAAAAUUCAAAAGUUUCGGAUAGAUUAAUGUUGAACUUAAAUCGGUGAUAAAUUAAUUAACCAACAAAAUUGAUCAUGGCCGCCACACAGCCCAUGACGAGAACUUUUGGCAUAAAUGGAACAAGAACAACAGGGAAACUGCUGGAUUUGCAACUGGUGGAACCUUCGAAGCCGAUCAAAGUUCCAAAUCAUUUAUUGGAUUCAAAGAUCUAUGCCAAGGUGGGUCAGAACCUAGUGGUGCAGGCCACGCCCUCUAUCAUCUACUAUGGUGGCUUUGAGCUGGGCAAGGUACACAAGGUGGAGCUCCACAUAGGUAAUGUGGACACAGAGGUGAUCAGGAUGCACGUCAUUCCACCACAAACCAAGUACUUUGAUAUCAAGUAUAAAAAACAGGAGCGUCUUGUACCAGGGAUGACACUAGACUGUGUGGUGGAGUUUAUUCCUGAUGAGUGGAGGUAUUACUAUGACUGCAUCAGGAUUAACUGCAAGAAUGAGGAGAACCUGGUGAUCCCUAUCCACGCGUAUCCUGUGAUGAACACAGCCUCUUUUCCAACCCACGUAGAUUUCCCCUCAGUUCCUAUAGGACAGCAAUUUAGCAAGACCAUUCCAUUAAAGUGCGAUGCGCCCAUUGAUUUUGAAUUUCAACUGAGCUUCCUGCAGCCUCACCCAACUUUUACAGUGGAGCCUAUGUCAGGCAUGGUUCCAGCCAAUGGUGAGGUAGAGAUCACAGUGACCUUUGCCCCCACGGAGUUUCUGACAGCCCACAUGAAGCUGCAACUGGUGAUCUCUCAGUUCAACUCCAAGCCACUGGUCUGUACCUUCACUGGUACCUCUAAACCAGGCCUGGCCAAUUUGAGCAUGGUUCCAGCCAAUGGUGAGGUAGAGAUCACAGUGACCUUUGCCCCCACGGAGUUUCUGACAGCCCACAUGAAGCUGCAACUGGUGAUCUCUCAGUUCAACUCCAAGCCACUGGUCUGUACCUUCACUGGUACCUCUAAACCAGGCCUGGCCAAGGAAAGAACAGAAAUGAAGCAGGAUUUGGAAGAACCAGAAAUGAAUGGAAUGCUGGACCCCAGAUCUCUAACCCCUGUAGAUAGGGCGCGCUCAAGGAGAGAGAAAACCAAGACAAGCCGGUCCAAACCUUCCACGUCGAGAACGCUAGGCCCACCUCAGCCAAAGGAGGUUGAGAGGGAUGGUAUCCGUUUUCCGCCCGGUCUGGACACGCCGUACGCCAUUGCUCAGGUCCUCAACCAGCAGGCAGGAAAACUGAGGGUCAAGGACCUCAGAGACGCUAUUGAGGCUGCCAAGGAGAGCUCAGCGCCAUCUAGUAGACAAAUGAAGGAAGCAGUAUUUGAGCAGGCAGUGAGGAAGAAUGUUUACGAGGAGCGCCAGAACCAGCUGAGAUGGCAGGUCAAAGUGGGAGAUGACCCCAUUCCUAACAAAAGGAAAGUGAAUGUGCUGGGAGCCAGGGAGGAGGCCUGGAAAAUAUACAAGAUGCAGCGAGGUGAUCCCUUACCUGUUGAGGAAUACAACAGAACAUGUACACAGUGUACCUUCAGAAGAACAGUCAGGUAUUACACUCAGUUGGGUAAAGAAGACGUCAAGUUUGACACAUUUGUCAACAACCCCUGGGCUGUCAGGCAAGCUGCACUGGAUAAAUUUGCUCAAGCUGCAAGAACCGUGUUGGUCAGAUGCAGAGCUGAUAAUAAAAUCCGAGGUCUAAAAACCAUGGUCUUGGACUGGGGAAAGAAGAAAGAGAAGAAAGCAAACUCAGGUGAUGGAGAUGAGGAUGAGGAAGAGGAAGAAGAGGAGGAAGAGAGUCAGACGGGACCAGAAAUGUUACAGGAGACGCUGCACUCUGAGAAGAUUCACAGGCAGAAUUUUCCUUACUAUGUCCCUCCUGAUAUCAAAGAUGAUAUGGCUCCAGAUGCUUUAGAUUUUGUCCCUGUGGAGCAAACUGAAGUGGAGGUGAAGAAGAAAGUCCCCUAUUACAAUCUUAAGGUGCCUCAGCAGUACAGACUACAGGGAUAUAAACCACACAGUGUCCAGGCGGCGUCCAGUGGCUAUGUCCACCCCAGACUGACCAGGCAGUUAAGGACGGGAGCUGAGGAUGAGGUGAUCAACAUCCCCGUCCCUGCCACCAUGAAGCUUGCCACCAGCCAUGAGGCAGAGAAGGAGGCGGAGACAGAGAGAGAGAUAACAGCGGUAGAGGCAGACCUAAUGUUAGAAGAUGUUCGAGGGGACGAGGCCAUGUCUCCACAGCAAGAGCCAGUGACACUGAGGCCACCUGAGGCUCUGUUUAACCCUAUAGAAUACGUACCUCAGCAGUACAGACUACAGGGAUAUAAACCACACAGUGUCCAGGCGGCUUCCAGUGGCUAUGUCCACCCCAGACUGACCAGGCAGUUAAGGACAGGAGCCGAGGAUGAGGUGAUCAACAUCCCCGUCCCUGCCACCAUGAAGCUUGACACCAGUCAUGAGGCAGAGAAGGAGGCGGAGACAGAGAGAGAGAUAACAGCGAUAGAGGCAGACCUAAUGUUAGAAGAUGUUCGAGGGGACGAGGCCAUGUCUCCUCAGCAAGAGCCAGUGACACUGAGGCCACCUGAGGCUCUGUUUAACCCAAUAGAAUACCCACCACUACAUAUAUUUAACCCGGCCCCAGGACUACAGGUGUUCCAGACCCCUCUCCCAUAUGCUGAGGUGGACCAGGACUUCCACCUGUGUCCUCUACCCAGAUACUACAGGAAUGAUGAACACAAUCCACACGCCACAACACAGAAGAAAUACCUGGACAGGGAGGACAUUAUUAAAGGAGCCAUGACAUGGAAGAAGUUUCCAUCCCAGGGUUUGACAUCUUUGGCUAACACCCCAACUCUAACCAAUGUCUGGGUCCCCAGAUGGACUGACCCAUUUAGUAAUGAUAUGCUGCCAGAGGAGGUCCCACUGCUGUUUGAUGGCCUGGCAGAGGAGGACAAGGAGCACAUCAUGGAUGAGGAAGACCAAGGGGAUGAUGACCACACCAAGAUUGACCCUAUCCAGCUGACCCCAGAGAUGGUCAAUGCUCAGUUCUCUCUCAUUGAUCCCUCGCAGGUCCCUGAGGAGAAAGACAAGCAUGCAAGUGAGGUCUUCCCCCAUGGUAACAAGAUGCCCCUGACCAAUGUGCCUGUGGGGGUGGCUGGCCCUGUGCCCAGAGAAAAAAGAGAGCAGGAGUUGGACUUUUUCCUGAAUAAAAAAUAUAACAGACUGGGUUCUAAGAUCCAGAGUCGUGUGGACACAAUGAGUAAACUAACCACCAAACCAGAGCUGAUUUUAAAGUGAAGGAGAUUUUUAUACCUAGGUCUCAAGAACAAACAAAGAAGAUAAAAAAACUGCGGCUCAUUUCGAAGUGAGAAAGAUUUUUAUACAUGGAUUUUAAGAUCCAUCUAAUAAAAUAAAAGAUUUUAUUUCCUAUUGAAAUGAUCAGUGAUCUGAAGGUGUGAUUACGGAGAAUUCCAGGAUAUAUUCAGCUACCAAUUGUGAGGAUUCAUUCUGGACCAGCAGAAGCUGAUUUCUUGCUAACUGAAGAUGGGUGGCAUUCUUGUCUGGCAGGUGUGUGACUGCUGAGAGUUCAGCGUUAAUGGCUA